AUGUCCUCCUCCUCUCGUUUGUUCUCAUUCUUUUCCUCAAAACUAAGUCGUCAAGCCAGUCAAAUCUCUCUCGCAAGCACCAUCACUCAAGAUGACGAGAAUAAUUCCAUCAUGUCCUCGUCCUCCACAUUAGCAAAGAAUUGGCAUUACUGUAACUGUUGCAAAAUUGGUUUCGCUUCCAAGAAUCGUCAUGAUUGGCACCUGGAAGUCUGCCGUAAUCGCUCCUCUGGCUCCGUCUAG